UGUUUGGACAAGUGGCUAAAACGAGUUAGUUGGAGUGCGUAGUGCAACCUUAAUAAAUUUCGUGGUGCGUCGGUCAAGUUAAUAUCAUAUAUCGUUCACCAUGCUUUCUGAAAUGCUUAAGGAGCAUCAGGCAAAGCAGCAGACUCAAAAGCAAGCACAGGAAAUUCGACGCAAGGAAGCGAUAGCAGCAUCAAAUGAGUUGACGGCAGCUUUGGUGGACCACCUCAAUGUGGGCGUGGCCCAGGCGUACCUGAACCAGAAGCGGCUGGACGCGGAGGCUAAGCAGCUGUACCAGAACGCGUCGGCCUUCUCCAAGCAGAGCCAGCAGUGGCUGCAGCUGAUGGAGGGCUUCAAUACGGCGCUGAAGGAGCUGGGCGAUGUCGAGAACUGGGCGCGCACCAUCGAAGCCGACAUGCGCAUCGUCUCCGACGCCCUGGAGCUCAGCUACAAAGCCCACCGGGAAACGACGUAGCCGAGCCCCAGUGAGCCGCGCGACCCUGCGACAAGCUGUGCCAUCGAUGCCGGUCUGUCCACUGGGUGGACCGUGGGGAGCCGCCUCUCCCGCGGUCAGCACAGCUGUGUAGGCAUGAACUCAGAAGACGCGCGCCGCCGCGGUGAUCAGGCCUCCGGCCCGCUGACGCCGGUGCCUCCGUCAUUCCGGGCCGUGCCGUGUGGUCUGCUUCUAAUGACAAUGUCCGGAAUCAUACACUAAACACCUUGACUUCGGGGUGCUUAUUCAGGCUUUUGUGAUAUUAUUUUAUCCUAUUUCGUGUUUGUGCGCUUUUAUAAGUCUCAAGUCAGAGUGUUUUCUGUAUGAUCGAGCAUGAUUGGGCCCGGAGAAAGGUUAGAACUAAUAAGAGAAAAAUAUCCUGCGUUGAUGGAACGCUGAUCCGUGUGGGGAUUUGUCAGUCCACGAUAGCGCGAAGUUGCAUGCACUGCAGUAUACGCUAUAUGAAUACAUUGUUCUGAUGUGUGGAUGUGGCACGUCUGGACCCAUUACGAGGUAUUGUAGCAGGGCAGUACCCUGCACGGCUACAGAAACAGCAAUCUGCAAACCAAUCA